UUCGUGUUUUUUCAAGCUCAAAUACGAAAUGAGUAGUUAUGUGCGCCGCUUGGGCGGCGACAUUGACAGCAAUUUGUCGAAUAUUCUCGUUCGCCAUUUUGUUAAUCUCAUGGAAUUUUGUAUUAAGUAAUCAACGUGCCAACAUUCUGGGGAACCCAAAUUUGGUGAUUUGAAAUGUCUGAGAAGUCCAUGGUCGCAAAGACCGUAUUAAAACGACAUGAAGUUGCUCGACCCAUACAUAUUCAGCGUUUGGAGGCCGCCUUAGAUAUCCGACCUUUUGUGAAUCAAGUUGAAAGAAUACUUAAUUCUGAUGGUGGAAGUGAUAGUGGCGAUGAUUCAGAUAUUUUAUCUAUCAGCAAUGAAAUGUCCAAAGGGGAUAAGCUAAUGCAUGGUGUAGUCACAUCAAAACAAGAAAGACAGAGUGAUCGUCUCCGUUUGUAUAACUUGUCAUCAGUUGGUGAAGAAAGAGAGUGGCUCCGGGAUGUUCUCCUUUCAUCAGAAUCUGAUACAAGCAGUGAUGAUGAUAGUCCAGCUGCUAAAGACUAUAGAAUAAAAUGUUUAUUGAAAGAGAGAAAGUUUCAUAACAAGUAUAUUAAAUCAUAUUAUAAGGAUCCAGGUAACUCUAGAUAUAUGUACUAUGGAGCGGGUUUAUUAUCAACUAUAGACCGUUACCCUGAAAGACGCAUAAAUAGGCCUCCACCAGCAUCCACAAGGGGCAGAAGAGGGAGGCCCUCAGAUAAAGGUUUGUCUAGACCUCAACAAAAGUCUAGAAAAGUUAGAGCAAAAGAAGGUCAAGCUGAUGGAAGUGAUGUUCCAGAUGGGACUGACUGGGAAGACCAAGUUAAACAUAUAAAAGAAGAAAAUGAUACUGAUGAAUUCACUAUUGCUGAAAAGUCUGGUGUCAGGGGUCGAAAGAAAAUCUCCACACUCAAGAGUCCGGAAGCGCUAACCGCGCGACGCAAGCGCCAUUGGUUCCUAUUGGUGAAGAAGGAAUUGGGUAAAGUGCAGCGAGCAAGAACUGCGACUCACAGAGAACUGAUGUUGCAGAGAAAGAGGCUGGCUACUUUGUGUAGUAAGCAUUGGAGGCAUGUCGCAAUGCAGUCACAGAAGAAUAUGAAGGAAACUGUAUGGCGCUGUAAGCGGUUAAGUCGCGAAAUGCAAGCGUACUGGCGGCGAUACGACCGCGCCGAGAGGGAGACGCGCAGGAGGAUGGAAAGGGAGGCAGAGGAACAGAGGAAGAUGGACGUGGAAUUAAUGGAAGCUAAACGUCAACGUCGAAAGCUUAAUUUCUUGAUAACACAAACGGAACUGUACGCGCAUUUCAUGCAACGCAAGUUGAAUACCACUGAAGAGGGGGACAGUGGCGCAGAUAGGAUACUAAGACAAUUGGACGAAGAUAGGGACCCGAGGCUGGCUGCCAUUGAUAAUUAUGAUAGCGAAGCGAUGAAGGCGCGCGCGUCACGCAACGCGCGUGAGGCGUUCCGCGCGGAGCGCGCGCGCACGGCCGCCGUGGACGCGGCGGCGGCGGCGGCGGGGGCGGCGGGCGGCGGCGCCGGCGGCGAGCGCGCCGAGCGCGCGCGCGACCACGCGCAGCCCGACAUCUUCCGCGGCACGCUCAAGGGCUACCAGCUCAAGGGGAUGAACUGGCUCGCCAACCUGUACGACCAGGGUAUCAGUGGUAUAUUAGCUGAUGAGAUGGGUCUAGGCAAAACGGUCCAGUGUAUAGCGUUUCUAUGCCAUGUGGCUGAGAGACUUGGUGUAUGGGGACCAUUCUUGGUGGUGUCUCCGGCUUCCACAUUACAUAAUUGGCAACAGGAAAUGCAGAGAUUUGUACCUGACUUCAAAGUGGUGCCAUACUGGGGCAGUCCCAGCGAACGUAAGAUCUUGCGUCAGUUCUGGGAACGCAAAGACCUGCACACUCAGCAGGCGGCGUUCCACGUGGUGAUCACUUCAUACCAGAUUGUAGUCUCCGACCUCAAGUACUUGAACCGUGUGUCCUGGCAGUAUAUGAUAUUGGAUGAGGCGCAGGCCAUCAAGAGCUCGGCCAGUAUGAGGUGGAAACUGCUGUUGGGCUUCAGCUGUCGGAAUCGGUUAUUGUUGUCAGGUACACCAAUACAAAACAGCAUGGCGGAACUAUGGGCGCUUCUCCAUUUCAUAAUGCCAACACUUUUCGAUUCUCACGAAGAGUUCAAUGAGUGGUUCUCUAAAGACAUCGAGAGCCACGCUGAGAACAAGAGCACUAUUGAUGAAAAACAUUUAUCGCGGCUCCAUAUGAUAUUAAAACCGUUUAUGUUGCGACGAAUUAAAAAAGACGUAGAAAAUGAGUUAUCGGACAAAAUUGAGAUUAUGGUGCAUUGUCCACUUACUAUAAGGCAAAAAUUAUUGUAUAUAGCAUUAAAAAAGAAAAUUAAAAUAGAAGAGUUGUUGCAUUAUACCAUUGGAUCUGAAUCAGGACAUAAUGUAGACAAAAACUUUACAUCAAAUCUUAUGAAUUUAGUUAUGCAAUUUAGGAAGGUGUGCAAUCAUCCAGAACUUUUCGAGCGGCGCGACGUCAAAUCCCCGUUCGCAAUGCAAGUGGACGACUACAAUAUACCAAAGAUUAUUGCCGAAGACUGUAUUCUACUUCGUUCUAUACCCUCAAAAAGACACCUACUAUAUAAUAAACUGAAUGUGUUGACAACUGAAUAUGUGCACAGAAGUGUUAGUGAUAGUGAAAAGUGUUUCUCGUUUACCCGGUUCAUGGACGUGUCGCCGAUGGAGCUGUAUAGAGUUAUGUUAUGCGGGUGGUUAUACGCGAUAUUGCACAUAGAAGAGAGUUUGGAAAAAUAUGAGAAAUUACGUCACAGACAAGAAUGGUGGUAUAGCAGUGAUUCAGAUAGAUCACAUGAGUUUGACCAAGUUAUGCGUAAACAUAUGCUGUUAGUAUGUCCCGAUGGUGAUGUCUUGAAGAGGAGGAAACAUGAUUCAACCAUGUGGAGAGAUUUGUUGUUUACUGAUCCAUUGUGGAUUGAUGGUGGUCCUUUCUAUACACGUACAAAUCACACGAUAAAUUAUAUGUCGGAGACGAUAGAACAUCGGGCGAUUCGUACAAGGAAUUUGAAAGAAGCCAGUGGACAGCCUGAAAUGUUGACCGAAAUAAAGACGGAAGAUGGUGGUGUAAUCCCGGUCGAGAAGCAGCCAAUAGAAGCGCCGGAAUUCCCGCACGUGGAGCGGCCGCCCGUGGUGCAUUGCGAUGUGGCCACACCCUUACCCGCGUUCCUUUAUACUGUGCAGCAGAAGGUGUGCGCAGCAACCCGGCAAAGCUUCGCGGCGUCCCGCUCGCACGCGCACCGCGGCGACGAGGCGCGGCGCGGCGCGCACGCGCUCGCUCUGGCGCGCCGCGCCGCCGCCGCGCGCCCGCCGCACGGCUGGGCCUCGCUGCAAGUGCCGGAUAAAAAUCAGCUGGUGAGCGACGCGGGAAAAUUGACAGUGUUAGAUUCAUUGUUGAAAAGGCUGAAGGAACGCGGCCACAGAGUGCUCAUAUACAGUCAGAUGACCAAGAUGAUUGAUCUCUUAGAGGAAUACAUGUGGCACAGGAAACAUAAAUAUAUGCGGUUAGACGGGUCGAGUAAGAUAUCAGCGCGUCGCGAUAUGGUCGCUGAUUUUCAGGCUCGUACGGAUAUAUUUGUAUUCCUGCUGUCGACGCGUGCCGGAGGCUUGGGAAUCAAUCUUACUGCUGCUGACACUGUGAUAUUCUACGACUCGGACUGGAACCCGACGGUGGACCAGCAGGCGAUGGACCGCGCGCACCGGCUGGGGCAGACCAAGCAGGUGACGGUGUACCGGCUCAUCUGCAAGGGCACCAUCGAGGAGCGCAUCCUGCAGCGCGCCAAGGAGAAGAGCGAGAUUCAACGAAUGGUGAUCAGCGGCGGCAACUUCAAACCUGACACGCUGAAACCGAAAGAAGUGGUGUCGUUGCUUCUCGACGAUGAAGAAAUUGAACUUAAAUAUCGACAAAAGUCUGAAGAGAAGAAAAUGAUAGAAGAACGAGAGAGAAAAAGGAAGCUAGGAAUACUGCCCGCGCAGCCUGCACCCGCAGCGACGGAGUCUAAGCGCGCGCGAGAGUCGGCCUCCGAACCGGGAAGUCCUCUACAAGUGGACGAUGAGGCGGAUCUCAUGGUGGAUGUUUCGCACAGCAUACCGACGUCAUACAGCAGCGGGGGCCGCGGCGCAUGGGGCCGGGGGGCGCGCGGGGCCCGGCGGGGCCGCCCGCGGGGCUCCCGCCACGCCGCGCGCCGGCACGACCCCGCGCCGCCCGACAACGCCUCCGCCGUAGCGGCCGGCGCAUUGCUGCUCGAGUCCGACAUGCCCCUCGAGAUAGUGGAGAGCCAGAGCCGUGGGUGCGCGCGCGGGCGGCGCGGGCCCGGGCGGCCGCGCCUGCGCGGCGCCGCGGCGCGCCCCGCCUCGCGCCGCCCGCGCCGCCCGCGCGAGCCGCUGCUCGUGCCGCUGGCGCCGCCGCCGCCGCCGCCGCCAAGCAAUCAAAUAGUUCCAUUACACACGCAUACUGACAUAUCAGCAUGCGGCGCGCACCCAUCGGCGCCUACUCGCGAAUUCCGCGUCACGACACACUUCCGCGAUUAA